AUGGAACCUCAAAGGACGGUGCUACUGCUAAUUAACUUGGCCUUGGCUUCCUUACAAAUCGAGCAUGAGCACCAUAUCAAGACUUCGGAGUGUCACAUUCCAUAUAUCCGAAGAAAAAUUCAAAACAUAAAAAAGUUCAAUGAUAAUAAUAAGUGGUGCUCCAUGGACGAUGAUUUGAUAGGCAUUCGUUUCGACGAGAAAAUCCAGCAGUAUGUGUUGAGUGUGAACGAUAAUAUUGCCCAGUCGAAACUAGUGGCUUUGGAGGAGAAAUUCCCCUUAGUGGGCUACAAUUGCAGCUAUCGCGAAAUCCGUAGGGUGAAUCUCAAUGCAACAUCCAAUGCUCCUGUUUUUUUAGGUGAGGAAGUCGCCUUUUCGGACGGCUACGCUGUGCCCCGUAACGUCGAAGGUCUAAUAGCCGCCUGCCGAAAUGAACUGGCCGAGGAUCUGCAAUCAGACACUUUUGCCCUUGUGCAACCUCUUCAGACCCAUACCCCGCUAAUUCCGUGGCGUAGAAGACCCAAUGUUGUUAUGAUUGGGGUCGAUGGCGUCUCCCAAAUCAACCUCCGCCGCAACAUGCCUGUAAUAUUGAAGCAUCUGAGAAUGCAGGGGUGGUUCCAGAUGGUCGGAUACACCAGAGUGGGUGAGGGUAGCCUGCCCAAUUUAAUGGCUGUACUGACAGGCUACAGUCCCCAUGCUUGGAUGAAUCUUAAGUGCGGCUCAGGCCAAAAUGGUUGCAUUAGGGCAAUGCCGCUGAUAUGGAAGCGCUUUAAGAGGAAGGGAUAUAUCACUGCCUAUGUCGACGGAUUGUCCGACUCGUCUAUAUUCAAUAUGGACAAGUUUGGAUUUUUUGAAAAUCCAAUGGACUUCUAUGCUCGACCUUUUCUGAAGCAAGACAUGAGACGAGACUGCAUUGGCAGGCGGUUGAAUACCAAAUAUAUCUACGACUAUUGUAAGCAAUACUUGAAGCGUCUUGCAAACUCAGCCCGACCUUUGUUUGGGAUUUUUUCUGGAAACAGCAUAAACCCUGAACGAUUCCAUGCUAAUGACAAAAUGCAAGUUGACCUGAUGGAAAUGGUGAUAAAUCUAAAGAAAACGGGUGUCCUUUCCCAGUCGAUUGUCGUUCUUUUUAGCGAUCAGGGACCACUGCGAAGAGGAAAAAAUAAGGACUUCCUGGAGGAAAGCCUGCCCAUUUUGUUUAUUUGGCUGCCACCAUGGUUCAGAGUAGUUCAUCCGGAAAUAGUUCAGUCCUUGAGGAUCAAUAGUAACCGUCUCACUUCCCCGUACGACCUUCAUCUCACACUGCAGCACCUUUUGGAGCUGGGGGAACGUUGGCCUCGAGCCGUGGACAGGCUGGUGGAUUGCCCCACCUGUCAGACUCUCUUUGCUCCAGUCCCCGAGAAUCGUACUUGUUCGGAUGCCGGAAUAGCAGAAUUACACUGUCCCUGUGACAGCUACAAGCCGCUAAGCACGAAGCAGAUUAAACAAUUGUCCUUGGGAAAGCUCCUCGUCCGGAGUAUCAACGAAUUCCUGCACCAUCACAAUUUGCAGCAGCUAUGCUCCAAUCUCACACUGAAAUCUGUCGAGGCGGUACAACAACGCAUGGACACAAAGGUAUCGGAUGGCACCACCUAUCGAGUGCACUUCACUGCCAGCCCAAAUAACCCGAGGUUCUCAGCCACAACGCGCUACAAUCACAAGCACCAAGUUUUGGAACACAUAAGUGUAGAGUCCAUAAAUCGACUGAAUCACUACCAAAGUGAUUCCAACUGCAUGCGACGAAUACGAGGCAGGAAGUUCUGUAUUUGCGAGAGCCGAAUAGUAAAGGGCACUUCCCAAAUAAAGGAUGGUGGCCAGGAAAAAAAGAACACAAAAAAGAAAGCGAACAGAAAAGUUCAGGAACCUUUGACGCCGGAAAAGAAAAAAGUUGGUAAUAGCUUGUAUGAACUACCAGACAUGCAGCCAGAAAUCAACGAAGAUGUUGAAAUUAUCUCAAUAUAGGAGUGCUAUGCCAGAAUUAAAGUUCAGAUCUCCAUGUG